UUUCAAAAAGAGAAAAUGCUAAGACGCCAUGUUCGGUGGCCGGAAAAAGAAAUCGUCGACGGCUGAUCUAGCUAAGGAAUCGGCAAUUAAAACUCAGAUAUUAGAUGACCUGAAGGAGAGUGUAAAGGUACUUCAGCAUGAAAAUAAGAAUAAAACAGAUCCUCUUCUUCUUAACGAGUCUACAGCUAGGUUCUGCUCCGUCCUUGAGGCAAUAUUCUUGCAUGGGUUGAAAGAAACUUUCCUGGGCCGGUUAUCUCGGUGGGGAGGUGGAGAACUCUCACCUAGGCUUCCACAACCCUCAUUUUGGACAUUUGCGUUAGUUUUCAGUCAUAAACAGGUGAUCAGUGCUGUGGAGAAAUAUUCGCAGAUAAACUCUGAGGUUGGAAGAUCCAGAGCUUGGCUUCGACUAGCACUUAACGAUGGACUACUGGAAAGCUAUCUAGCACCUAUGUCCCAGGAUAAAGUGUCCCUAUCUGUUCACUAUGAGAGCUAUGCAUUCCUACGGGACUCGGAGAAAAUGGAUCUUGUUGUUCGAUAUAUUUCUGGAAUUCAGGUUUUAUCCUUCUCUCUUCCAACCAAUGUUUCAAUGCUCAACAGAUGGUUACCGGAACCUCUCGUUAUGGCUGGGCUAUGGACGAGCACCUUGCAACCGCUUACAGACAUGGCUGCCGUCGACGCGGCCGAAUUGGCGGAGGAAACUCCACCCCAGCCGAUUUUUAUCCGUAAUUUGUCCCAGCCCGUCACAAACCAAAGUUUCGUCCAGCUUGGACUGAUCAACGAGGAUGAAGCUCUUCGACUUAUCCUGCAGUCAACCCCGGUCAGUCUUCCCACAUUCCCGGAGCCGUUAUCAAGGAACCUAUCUCCUACGCCGUCCAACCUGCAAUCCUACUCAUCCUCCAGAGCUUCAUCUCCGGCUCCUGGUUCCCAGUCUUCCCGAGCACAGUCUCCUGUAUCUAGAGGAGUAUCUCCAGGACCUGGACCAGUAUCAGCAGGACAAACUACCAUGGUUACUCAGGUUCUCCGUGGGACGACUGUAGUGCAUCCUGAAGCUCUGACGAGACUGGUUCACGGUCAUGAUAAUUAUGAAGCUGUUCCAGAACUGGAAAAAUCUCCCGAACCAGCCGAAGAUGAACAGGAUUUAGAUUUCUACAAUACAACCCAGCCCGAGUUUUAUCUUGGUCAACCUGAGCUUGAUGAAGCACAAGAACAAGGGGAGGAGAAGGUUCCGCAUUCUACGGGAGCAGGUUCUACUAAAGAUAAACCUUGUUUACCUCCUCUGGACCCUGAUAUACGUGAAGGUUCGGCGGAGUCUCAAAUUUCCAGCGGAGAUAUCGUGUCCACUCCAAGUAUGGAGUGGGACGAGGAACGAACUGUCCCUGCUCCAGAUGCAGUUAAUACAGUGCGGGACGACAUUUUACUCCAGGAGGGCCCGAAGCACUCUACCCCUGAACCAGACUUGGAACAGGAUAGUGUAGAUUCAAAUGAUUCCAGCUGCACUUGCUCUACUGAAGGACCCAGGGCCAGCUGUACUCAAUGUUCCAAUACUUCGCCAAAAACUAGAGUUUCCCUGAGUGAAUUUGUGGAACCUGAUCCGAGCAGCUUAGAUCUUAUUGGACUAGACGGAGAGAGAAAUAAGAGAAAACUACUUCAUAAAAUAGGAUUCAGGACUAAACCUGUUGUGUCUCUGCCAGAGUUUGCUCUGCAUAGGAAUCUAGAACUAGUUUCCUGCUUAGAUAUUAUACCUAGAGAACUAGGACUAGAUACUCAGGACUGGAGGUGUAUAGAUUGUACUAAAGCUAUCGGAGCUCUGUUCGGAAACGGAAAAGUCUGUUCCUUUACAAAGAAACAUUACUGUGAAGAUUGUCACGAAGACGACCUGUCCAUUAUCCCACCCCGUCUCAUCUACAACUGGGAUGCUAAACUGUAUCCUGUAUCAAAAUCAUCAUUUAGAUUUAUAAACAAAUUCAAGACAAUGCCUGUGAUACACUUGAGAACAUUCAACCCUGCUCUUUCGGAGUUCGUCCCUUCGCUGGAGAAAUGUAAACGACGGCGGAAGCAGUUGAUUUAUCUGCUGGCGUAUAUAUCCGCCUGUCCUAGGGCGGAGGAGGGAAACCUCAGGAGUAAACUAAUGGACGUGUUGGGGAAGAGAGAGUAUCUUCUUCAGGACACGGAGACCUUUUCCGUCCAGGACCUGGUGGAGAUACAGGCCGGGGAGUUGGACGGGAUGAUGCAGCGUGGAGUGCUCUUCUGCAUGGUUCAUGUGGACUCUUGUCUAAUCUGCGCUGGUCGGGGAUUCAUUUGCGAGAUUUGUGAGGAUAAACGUCCCGUGUAUCCCUUUAACCUUGACUCAACCAGCCAGUGCCAGGACUGCUGUACUGUAUUCCACUCCUCCUGUGCGCUAACACUACAGGAAUGUCCCAGGUAUAGAUUGACCGCCAUCAAUUAUAUUCUCAGAUACGAUCAUGACCAUUUUAAAGAGGGAUAAAAAUCGAUCUGAAAU